UCUUUCCUUUUCUACUCUCUUCUUCCCCAAGUCUUUCUAUUCUCAUCUCAAUUCACUCAGUUACAACAAAAUCACAAUUAUUAUUACAAUAAUUAUUACAAAAUACUAUAGCUAGGUCCUUGGAUCUUGACAUUUAUUUAUUUAUUUAUUUAUGAAAAUAACACAAACCACCACCUCUGUUCUUCCGACAGUAGCUUAGAUUUGGGAGCUCAUAGUACAGAUCAGAGAUUCAAUCUCUAUGGGUGGGAAGCGAGUCAGAAUUCAUACCAAUUGUCAACCCAACAAGUGUGCUAAGAGAAGUUUUGUGGGCAAAGAUAAUGAUGAUGAUGAUGAUGAUAGGAUAUGUCGGUUGCCCGAUGACGUUCUCUUAGAUAUACUGUCUUUCUUGUCGCUCAAGGAAGCUGCACGCACUAGUGUUCUUUCGUCUCGUUGGAUGAACCUGUGGAAACACACCCCGUCUCUCGAUUUUGAUGCUCAAGGUGUAUUAGAUAAGAUACCUAAACAUUGCAAGAGCGAAAAACGCAAGAGCGAAAAACGCAAGUUCGUGAAAUGGGUGAACUCCGUUGUUCGAACCCACAAAUCUCCCGCCUUGAAAGAAUUCAAAAUCCAUUUCCCUUUAAAAAAAUCGUCGAGAAAAUCAAUCACCCGAUGGCUCGAAUUCGCAUUUUCCCGACGAGUUCAGAGGUUGGAAUUGGACUUCGACAAUUAUCACAAUCUUUACGAAUUCCCUCAAGAGUUCCUCCUCGACGGAAGCAUGCAACCUCCUUCAGACAGUGUUCGCAUUGAUCAACCUCCUCGUAUGCUUUUCGACUUUAAGUCCCUCAAAGCACUGUCUCUUAAAAGCGUUCGUGUGAGUGACGGAGCUAUCGAGUUCUUCUUACAUAACUGCCCGCUACUCGAACAAUUGAUUGUCCAUGAAUCAAUAAAACUAUCAAGGCUUGAAAUUUGCGGUUCGUCCCUCAAGUUAAAACACUUGGAGAUAGUCUCUUGCAGGCGUUUGAAAUCCCUUAAAGUUUCCGCACCAAGGUUUACUACACUUAACAUUACGAGAUCUAAGGGACUCUUACUCGAGAAUGUUCCGUUGCUAGUUAACGCAUGUGUCUCGUGUGGCGAUGUCAGUAUUUCGAUAGAAAAUGUAUUUUCUGUACUGUCUUGCUGUGUUUCUCAAUUGCAGACUCUUUCUUUGGAUCUGAGCAGCAUUGAAAUCGGACGAGUAUUGGAUGAGAUUUCCGAGCUUCCUCUACUGCCUAUACUGAAGAAGUUGGUCAUUAAAUAUUGUGCAAGAGGUCACGAAAGUCUUAUUCGACUCACUGCUUUGUUAAGGGUAUCUCCUUUCUUGGAGGAAUUUUUCUUUCAGUUUCACUGGUAUAUACUUCCGAGGGAAGAUAGACAAGUGAAGAUUCCUAUAAGUUCGCCCCACCAUCAUCUUAAAGUGUUUAAGUUCUGUGGCUAUUAUGGUAGCACGAACGAUGUCGAAUUAAUUAGCUACAUUCUGGAGAAUUGUCCGGUUCUUGAGAAAAUAAUAAUCGAUCUCUUUUGUGUAUCUUUCCCGGUACCACAAGUACCCCAACACGUUGAACUGGUUAUUCUAUAACUUAAGCCGUGCAUGGAUUGUUGUAUUUUGUUUUUAUUUAUGAGUUCAAACUAACAAUGUUAACUUCCUUUUUAUUGGAAUCUGUGGAAUAGUUUUUUUUCUUCUGA